AUGAACGGAGAGGUAGACAUGGAAUUAGAUGAUUUCGAGAAUGAAGAAAUGUUAAUAGAAAAUGAGCUAUAGUAGAAUCAAAAUUAGAAGCCUAAUUAUUAAAUAUUUUUCCCUGAAAAUUAAAUUUAAGAAGUUCUUAAUCCCAAUGAAAAAGAUCCUUAUUUUCACAUGAAUAUGCUCAAGCCCUUAGAAUGGAAGGAUUCUUUAAAAGUACUUAGCGAUCCUUAUCAAUAUUUGGUUUGCAAUGUUGCCAAAAAGGAUUGCAAAUCUCUGAACUGGCAGAUGAUAUACUCUCGCGUUUUAUAUUUAAUGAGAGAAUGGUCUUUGCUUAGCGUUUCUCAGGUGGAAAGAGUUCUUGACAGCAGAGAUAGAGAUUUACAAUGUUUUGAGUUUAAUAAGCAAGGAAAAGUAGCUGUCAUUCAUAAAUCCAGAAUCAUCUUACAUGAAAAUUAUCAAAAAAAAGGAAAUUAAUAUGACCAAAAGAAUCUUUUUAUAUUAGAAAACGAUAGCAAUUAUUAAUUCAUUGCACCUUCUUACAAAUUCUCAGAAAUUUUAGUUGCUUCUAAUAGGAAUUCAUUGCGUUUGAUUAGAUAGGUAUUAAAUGCUGAAAAGAGUUGCUAUCAACUCGAUAUUAUUAAAUAAUACAACGGUUACAAUGCAGAAAUAGGUAGAUUCAGUCGCGAUGGGAAAUACUUUAUUUUUUCAAAUGCUAUCUCUCAAAAAAUUUACAUUUUAGAUCUAUUUUGUCACAAAAUUUUUGAGAGAAAUACUAAUUAAAAGAGCAUAUCACACAUGUCUUUCAGUCGUAGUGGAUUGAACUUUUUAACUGUUUGCAGAGAGACAAAAACUUUAAAUGUUUACGAAUGUGUUUUGUGGGAAAAAUAAUAGUUUAAAUUCUAAGACUAGAUAUUAUUUGCAGAUUUUCUUGAUGAGUCUUAGAAUUAGGAAAUGGCAAACUGCAUUUUAGUAAUUUUAAAGUCUGGAGAAAUAUAAGUGAUAAAGGACAUGCAAUUUAAUAUGCUCAACUCAGCAAAUAAAAGAAUAAAUUUUGAUAUAUUUGAAAGACAGCAAAUAGUAACUCCCAGUUUAAAGGAAAUGUCUCUUGACUUCUAAAUUAUUCAACACAUUUUCAUUGAUAAUAUUUUAUUCUUUAUAAUUGAAAUGUAGGGCCACUCUUCUAAAAACUUAAAAUUUAGUUUCCAUGCCUUUGAUUUCAACAGCAAAAACAGCAAAUUAAUUGAUUAUGAUAAUUUAUCUAUUAAUAAAAAUGUACGCUUCAUUAUUCAACCAACAAAGCAAUAACUUAUUUACGAAGUUACUUUCUAUAAUCAUGAGUUAGAAAUCGACAAUCCCUCACAAGAAUAUUAUGAAAAGCUAUUUGUUGAUUUGCAUAUCAACUACAGAUAAUCAAAUAAUUCCUAAGGACAUAUUUAUUGA